AUGGCCCAGCUGCUGUUACUUCUGCUGUUGGUGGCCCCCGGCUGGGGUGCACAGCUCAAGACUACGCAGGACAGGACUGAACUUCUGAAUGUCUGCAUGGACGCCAAGCACCACAAGGAAAAGCCAAGCCCUGAGGAUAACUUGCACGGCCAGUGCAGCCCCUGGAAGAAAAACUCAUGCUGCAACACAAACAUCAGCCAGGAAGCCCACAAGGACAUUUCAUAUCUGUACAGAUUCAACUGGGACCACUGUGGAAAGAUGAACGCUGAAUGCAAGCAGCACUUCAUCCAGGACACCUGCUUCUAUGAGUGCUCCCCCAACUUGGGGCCUUGGAUCCAACAGGUGGACCAGAGCUGGCGCAAAGAGCGGGUCUUGGAUGUGCCCCUGUGCAAAGAGGACUGUCAGCGCUGGUGGGAGGACUGCCGCACCUCCUACACCUGUAAGACCAACUGGCACAAGGGCUGGAACUGGACCUCAGGACAUAACCAGUGCCCAGUAGGAACUACUUGCCAACGCUUUGAUUUCUACUUCCCCACACCUGCUGCCAUGUGUGAUUUAAUCUGGAGUCACUCCUACAAGACCAGCAACUACAGUCGUGGGAGUGGCCGCUGCAUGCAAAUGUGGUUUGACCCUGCCCAGGGCAAUCCCAAUGAGAAGGUGGCAGAAUUCUAUGCUGAGGCUAUGAGUGGAGCUGAGACCCACUGGGUCCUGGCCUGUCCUCUCCUGCUCAGCCAGGUCCUGCUGUUCUGGCUGCUCAGCUGA